AUGAAUCUUAUUAGUUGGAACUGUCGGGGGCUUGGGAACCCCCGGGCAGUUCGUGAUCUUUGCCAAAUGGUAAAGGAGAAAAGACCCACUCUUUUGUUUCUUAUGGAGACAAAGAGUAUAAAACAUAAGCUGGAAGGUGUUCGAACAAAGCUGGGAUUUGAAGGUUUAUUUGCUGUGGAUCCUAUAGGAAGAAGUGGUGGGGUAGCAUUAUUCUGGAAGGAAGCAGGGUGUUUGGAGAUUCAAAACUUCACACGACGACAUAUCAAUGCGGUGGUGCAUUCUCCUGGCUGUGAUAAUUAUUGGACACUAACUUGUUUUUAUGGCCAUCCGGAAAGUGCAAAGAGACAUGAAUCAUGGGCGUUACUUAAUCAUCUUAAGUCUUUCCUCCCCAAGGCUUGGUUAUGCAUUGGCGAUUUCAAUGAGAUUGUAGAGCAAGAGGAGAAGGUGGGUGGCGAUGUCCGUAGAGAAUCUCAGAUGGAACAGUUUCGUAUGGUGCUAGAGGACUGUGGUUUAAGUGAUAUGGGGUACAAGGGCUCUAAAUUUACAUGGACUAAUUGCCAUAAGGAUGGGACCUUUAUGAAAGAAAGGCUUGAUCGGGCUGUUGCGAAUAGAGCUUGGUGUGAAAUGUAUAUCAACCGUGAAGUUCAAGUACUAGCAGCAAGAUCGAGUGAUCAUAAGCCGCUGCUUUUAAAAAUAUUUGAUGCUGAAAUAGCCCAGCCCAAUUAUCAUAAAAGCUUCAAAUUUGAAGCAAAAUGGCUGGCUGAUGGAGAGUGUAUGGAGGUAAUAAAGAAGGCAUGGGAGAUGGGAGUUGACGGUGGAAUUGGGAUGCAAACAGCAAGGCUAAAACUUGCCCAGUGUCAGACGCAGCUUAUGCGGUGGAGUGCCAGGAAAUAUGGUGAUGCCGAGAGAGUUUUCAAAAGAAAAACAAAGCAACUUGAGGUAUUACAACGGCAAGAGAGUGAGGCAAAUUUGGCAGCAAUUCAAACGCUUAAAAGGGAGAUUGAUUUUCUUCUUGAGCAAGAGGAUAUCAAAUGGAAGUAG